AGACAAUCUUUAGCAAAGCCAAUCCACACGUCUCCCUAGCAACCGCUUUAACGUUUGUCCACGGGAGUCAGCGCAUGUCAUUUUGAAAAAAACGCAUGUUUUAAAGGGACUUUUAAGGAAAGUGAAAUACCGGUUUAAUGUCAAUUAAGUCGCGUUCUAUAUUGUUUUAAAGCGGUUGCGGUAAACAAUGAUUAUUGAAAGGCUUAAAUUGACUUGUGACAAACUUGUGUCACACCAGCAGCUAGCUUGUUGUCAGUCUCUUACUGCCAUUCCUCUCCAUGGCAAGGAUAUUCUCAUUUACACCCAUCUGGACGUUGGCCAGAAGGCCUUGUUGCUCACUGGACAUCAUGGUGAAGUUACCUCCAUGACCUUUGGUAAACAAAGCUCACCUAUCCACCUCUGUUCUGCAUCUGCUGAUUAUAUCAUUGUCUGGGAUAUGCAAGAGUGCCAGAAAAAAGUGAGCCAAGGUGAACUCGCAGCAGGAACAGUCAUUGCGACUUUAUUAGGAGAAGUGGUCCAUGUUUCCUUCUGUUUCUCUGACAAGAGAGUGGCUGCAUGCUCAGGAGUUACUGCGUAUAUUCUCAGCUCACAGAAAGAGGAAAUUAUCUCUGCAUUGACCGGCCACUUGGGACCUGUAACAUCAGCAGAGUUCUGUCCUUGGAAUAAGGAUGUUCUUAUAACCACAUCAGAAGACAGAACAUUCAAGGUGUGGGAUUUAAACACUGAAUCUGUGUUCUACCAAUCUUUUGUACUCUCAGCUUCUCCCCUGCUCAGUGUGCUCAUUUUGAAGGACAACAGACAAAUUAUCACCGGCUCUACAGAUGGACAGGUUUGGUGUUAUUCUAUCCGCGCCGACUUUACUUGUCAGCUCGUGACCAAAAUAGACCUUCAUAAAAGUGAACAAAAACAUCAAGCAGGAAUGGUAGACCAGUCAGCUGAAGCUAAAGUGGACAUUUCCAAACCUGUUCUAAAAAUGGCUUCUUUUGGCUCAUGUAAUGAUUUCAGUGAUGCAGAAAAAAAGGACGAGAGAUGGCUAUGUAUUGGAAGUACUGACGGCCUGUAUGUGGUCGAUGUGGCUACAUCAGAACUUGUAACAGUUCUUUAUUUCAAAGACUAUCUCAGUUUGAGUGUCACAAUGGCCGGGUCUUGGGUCUUCUCUGACAAGUGUAACGAUUCUGUGGUGUUUUUAGUGAGCUCUUUGUUUACACCCUGUGUGGCACUGUUGGAGUUCCUUCUGGAUGACACAGGGAGAACCUGUGCUGGAAAUCAAGGUUUUUCUGUAUUUUCACGUUCACCCCCACUGCUGGAGUCCCCUCUUAAUGCGGAGUUGAAGAAGAAGGAGCCCAAUAAUGCAAAGAAAAAAGGUAGUUCAAAAGAACAGCCACUUGUUUUCCACGCAAAUAUUAAAUCAUCUGGAUACACAAGCUCCCCAAGAAAGCUUAUGUUUAUUCCCAAAACAUAUGCUCAGAAAAAGCAGUCCUUUGUCAAGACCAAGAAUAAAAAGGGUUUACUCCUAAAAGAUUACCCAGAGGACACUGCAGCUCCUACAGUUCGCCGUGCACACCUGAGUGUUACCAACAAGCCAGCGUACUGCUUCCAGUAUUCAGGUGAUGGAAAGCAAAUCUUGUGUGGUCUCGGUGACAACUCUGUGUUAUUGUACAAGUCUUCUCUUACUGGCAAUCCAGCUGUGUAUACAGGACACGACAAGCCGGUGAGUAGUGUUAGCUGGAGCCUCAACAGACACUGCUGGUUAAGUGCAUCACAUGACCAGACUUUGCGACUCUGGACUCAUGACAUCUCAGAGCCUGCUGUUAUCAUGGGCAAACAAAUGUUCUCUAAACCUAUCAAAGGUGCCCAGUUUUAUUACCUUGACAAGUUUUUGCUUCUGGCAUCUGGAGAUUCACUGCACUUGUAUUUGUACCAUGUGGAUGUCACACACGAUGAUAUCAAAAGAUAUGAGCAUCGUAGUUUUGUCAAAUUGGCAAGAUGCUUUUCAACAUCCUCUGGAGCAGAUAUUACAGAUUUGUCUGCCAUCAAUGAUUUCUUCUCCUACAUUGUUCUGGCGUGCGCUACCGAUCGGUCCAUUCAAGUAUUUGACAUGAACAAAGGUAGAGUGGCUGCAGAAGUGCCCGAUGCUCACAGCAGAGCCAUCCACUGCAUAACACAAAACAAGGGCUCAAUGUUCAGCACACAGGCACCAGAAUCAUACAACCUCUUCCUCACCAGUGCAGUCACAGAUGGCGUGAAGAUGUGGGACCUUCGCACACUUCGGUGCGUGCGCCGUUACGAAAACCACGUCAACCGCUGCCAUCCCUGUUCUUCCACGUUUUCCCCGUGUGGUCGAUUCAUAGCCAGCGGCUCUGAGGACAACUGUGCUUACGUGUACGACAUCAGGAGCAGCAGCUACCUGCAUAAACUCCAAAGACACUCCGAGACUGUGCUCAGUGUGGCUUUCAACCCUGCUACACCACAGCUGCUGACUGGAACCCUAGAUGGGAAGAUAAGCCUGUUUGAGCCCAGCAGCGGGGUCCGUCUAACUCGUGACCCAACCUCUGCUGCACCUAACAUGGUCAUGUAAUCACAUUCACAAAGGCUUCUGCAACCACCAAGCUGCUCCAACCUGGCCAGUAUUUAUUUAAUUUAUUUACAGAAAGCAACACAUAGUCUCGUAUUACAUAUAAUGCGUUCCCUUGUACAUCUCGUUGUCAAAAAUAUUCACUCAUGUAGCCCUGAUUUGUGUAUUUUUCUUUUUAAAACCAGGGUUUGAUUGACUAUUUUAGGUUUUCACUGGCCUCAUUUAACUGUAAUGUCUUGAUAUAAUAUUUCCUCAAUUAGGCGUAAUUACAGCAACAUUAGCCAAAAACAAAGUUGCUCCCACCCGUUCACCCACAUUCAGCGGUGGAGCAGGUCAAGGAUCAAACUGAUGUAGAACAGAUGUAGAAGUAUAGCACGGCUGGCUGUGAUCACCACUUAGCACAUGACGUCAACUGGGUGCAACCUGCGAGGCUGCCAGGCCCACAGAUGCUGCUACUACUGCUCGUCACAUUCAGCUCCCACUUGUAUUUUCUCUCAGGCCAAACCAAAAUGUCACACCUGCCUGCAAGGGUUCAGAAUGGAAGUUAAUGUGUUGCAUUGUUGCUAUGGUUUCUGAUGGAUAUAAAUAAAACACU